AUGGCGGAGUCGACAGAAAAGACAAAGGAGACGGGAGUCCUAGCUCCGUCUCCGACUACUACAAAAGAGGGCCAGAUGAGUUCAUACAUCAGGCCGCAAGCUCGAAAGCUUCAUGAUCCGGACGUCACGCUGGAGGAGUACCUGUACUAUGCCCAAAAGACACGAGAAAUCGAAAAGUCGUACGAGUCUCCCAAGUUGAGAUGGCGACAAAUCCUCCGCCGAAACAAGGAGGCAAACGACGGGAUUGCCGAAAGUACUGCGGAAGUUAAUGGGGACGGCAAAGACUUUCAGAACGAUGUCAAUUAUUCCAGCCCAGAUGCUCGCCUUCAAAUCUCGGAUGAGGAAUGGAUCAAUGCUAGUCGGGCUUUUCGGACUGCUAGCUCGGCAAGUUGCUUCUUCUUAAUCACCACGGACAUCCUGGGCCCGUACGGUGUUGGGUUUUCAUUGGGAACGCUGGGCUGGGGACCGGGUAUCGCUUUGUACACGGUAUUCGGCUUCUUAGCUGGGUACAGUGGCUACUUAGUAUGGCGCGUCUACCUGGGCGUUGAUUCUUAUCAAUUUCCAUGCCGCAAUUACGGGGAUCUCGCAUACAGAUCGCUAGGCACCGUGGGUCGGCACGUCACGAAUAUCCUCCAGGCGGUGGCCCUUCUUCUGGUUCUGGGGCAAGUCACCCUCCAAUACGGGCAAAACAUCUCCCAGGUCUCCAAAUUUCGGCUCUGCUACGCUGUGUGUCCGUUGCUGUUCACGAUCGUCGGUCUUGUACUCACCCAGAUCCGGACCUUGAAGGCGUAUGGUCUUGUCGCCAAUUUUGCUGUAUACCUCAACCUUCUUGUCAUCUUCAUGACCAUGGGCUUCAUUUCGGCUUCUCCGCCGAAUUAUGCUAUCUCCGUACUUGGAUCCGCUGGAGGCGCGGUUGAUCCAUCUACUAUCACUCCCGAUGCGCAUGGAAAUUAUCCUGCCAUCUUCCAUUACUCUAAACUGCCACCUGGCAGUCUCGUGGGCUCCGUCAACGGCUUAUUAUCGGGCGUGCUUGCCUACGCCGGUGUCCAGCUCUUCGUGGAAUUCAUGGCAGAGAUGAGACGACCUCUCGACUUCAUCAAAGCAAUGUGGGGCGCUCAAUUCUUCAUCUACACGGUGUACAUGGCGUACGGCUGCUUUGUAUACUACUACCAGGGACAGUAUGCAGUCGAACUGAGACCACUUCGACGUAACGCUAACACUACGCAGGUAUAGCUACAACCCGAGCUACCAGGGCGUUUCAGUGUACGGCUGGCAGGCGGCCGGUAACAUCCUGACUCUCAUUUCAGCUCUGAUCGCAGCCGGCCUCUAUGGAAACAUCGGGGUCAAGGUCCUCUACAACAACGUCCUCAUGGAUCUCUUCAAGGCUCCCCCACUUACCACAAAGAAAGGAAAGAUUCUAUACGCGGCGAUUGUCCCCAUCUGGUGGGCGAUUGCCUUCGUCAUUGCCGCAGCCAUUCCGGACUUCUUCGGCUUCGUCAGUCUGAUGUCGGCGAGUACCCUGAUCAACCUAUGCUAUUCCCUGCCGCCGCUCUACGCCCUGGGUUUCGCCGUCAAGAAAAACGCUAUCCAAUUCGAUCGCGGCGAAGGUUUCAAUCCCGAGACAGGCGAAGUCAAGCGCGUUGAUACAGGCUUUCGACGACUGAUGCGAGGUUUCCUCGCCGGCGGGCCCCUCCAGAUCGGCAUCAACGUCUGGCAUGUGCUGUACUUCCUCGCUUCGCUGUCCAUGUGCGGGUUGGGAAUGUAUGCUGCUGUUGAAGGGUGAGUGCUUGAAAAAUUCAGACUUUUGCAGGCGGCCUGUUAAUCUUGUUUAAUAGGAUGAUUGAGGCGUUCCAGACUCAACAGUUGAGUGCGUUCAGCUGUCGGUCGCCACUGAAUCUGAACGCUUGA